GCGGCGGCGGCGCAGCACGCCCCGCCAGAGGCUGUGCCGGCUGCGACCCCCGCCCCCGAGCGGGGCAGCGCGGCGCGGCGGUGCGACUCGUACACGCGCGGUGCGAGCGACAUGUCGCAGGUGGACACGCUGCCGGACAAGGGCGACGGCGACGUCGAGGCGGAGGCGUACCAGCGCUGGGCAGAGGAGAGCGAUGCGGGCGACGACGCGAACAUGCGCGACGAUUGCAUGGGCGUGUGCGACGAGACUAGCAGUGUCGCGCUCUUCCGAGACUGCAGCCGGCAGUACUCGGAGUCGAUGAGCACCCUCGUGACGCCCACGUACCGCAGCAGCAGCGGCUUUGAGGACGAGGACGCGGAGGACUCGAUCAAGGGGCCGAUCCGCGGAGUCUUCUUCGAGGAGCCGAGGGCGCUGCCGCCCAUCACCACGGCGCGCAUCCGCGCUCGAAUCAUCGCGUGAGCGCCAGAGCCGCGAACGCGUCUCGUCUGGCCAUGGCCAUGCCCCACACCUUUUUCCACGGAUUUGUGUGCCCCCCCUUACGUUGUGUGUUGCCGCGAGUCCUAGCGCCGUACUCACAAAAGCGUCAAACACUUUGUUUGCAAACCAAGGCAAUCUCGGGGGGGCCACGCUCGGCCUCGGGGACACGGGACACCACCCCAAAGUCCCCACCCCGCGGGCCCGGCUCCGCCGUGUCCCCCCCGUGUCGCCGUGUCCGAGCUCCGACCCCCCUGCCCCUCCACAGCUCCGCGGCUGUCCGCUCUUCCACCCCUCGCCCCCUUCCGCUUUCCUGCGCCAGAGCACACGCGACGAGUCCACACCACAGCUUUCCUCGCCACACAUCACCCCCUCCUGGCCGCCGCAAUCGCGGACUGCAGCGUCUCGACCCAUAAGUUGAGCUCGUGAGGCGUCUCGGCGGUGAACUCGAGCUUCUCUGGCGGCUGCGGCCCCGGCUUCUUUGGCUGCUUGGCGCCGGGCCGGUUCGGGUCGAGGAUGAGCGAGAAGGUUGUCUGGUUGGAGGGCCAGACUCGCUGCACGUCGGUUCGGAGCAGGAGCACCAGCUGCGGCUUUGUGUCG